CGGCUGCUGUUGCUAUGAUGCAAUGGCGACUGCGCCGUGGGAAGUGAGCGAGGAGUUGAAUGAGUUCUCUCCACAGUUGAAGGGAGGCAGUCGCCGCCGACAACAGCGCUGACGGGCAGACACGCAGACAGACAGCAAGGCAAGGAGACUCGGACAGUGGCUCCGUCCCCGCCACUCUCCAUGGAAACACGCAGCCAGGCGUGUGUGCUAGCCCCGCAGCUAGCCGUGUCAUGACGCUUUUAGAGAUUUCUCUCACAUCUGUGCGACAUCGCAGCAGCAGCAGCAACGAGACAGGAUAAGCACCAACACCCUGUUCGCCCUCCUCAGCCGAAACCCAGUGAAGGGAGGUGUUGCCGGUAUAGUUCCCUCCCCGGUGCCGUUGUUCCUCCUCGGUUGGACCCAUUCGUGCUUCAUACUGGAUAACCAUGGCAGAGAGGACCUCGGCCGGAUUGUUAACCAUGAUGAUGGAGCCCACCCCGGCUGUCGCGAUGACCCUGCCGGCAGAGGUGCGGGAGAAGCUGGCGGAGCUGGAGCUGGAGCUUUCUGAAGGGGACAUCACUCAGAAGGGCUAUGAGAAGAAAAGAGGCAAGCUGUUGGCACCGUACAUCCCACAGAUACAAGGUGUAGAUCCAUCGCUGCAAAUUGACAACAGAAUCCAGGCGUCCUCACAAGCUGUGAUUCCAGGCUCCAAACACAAUAAGUCACGAGCUGCCAACACCCGGGAUGAACGCUUCAGAUCUGAUUUGCACACAGAAGCCGUCCAAGCAGCCUUGGCCAAGUACAAAGAGAGGAAGAUGCCCAUGCCAUCUAAGAGACGAUCUGUGCUAGUUCAGUCAUCUGUCGAGGCAUGCACCCCACCAGACACUUCCUCAGCAUCGGAAGAUGAGGGCUCACUACGCCGGCAGGGUCGUCUGGCCACCUCCACACCCUACCAGGGCCACGGCCACCCAGCCGUUGAGCACUGGUUUAAUCGUGUCAUCCAGGGUUCGUCCACCUCAUCCUCUGCGUCAUCCACCUCAUCCCACCCGGGAGGGAGAUCCGUCACCAACACCACUGCCCACGCAGCCCUCAACGCCAACGCCACAGCUACUGCACUGGCCGACCUCAUGGCACACACCCAGCUAGAUAACCACUCAGCACCCCCUGAUGUGACAGGGCUGUCGGAGAACUCCUCAAUUCAUGCAGAGCGGCCCCAGGUGGCCUCAGUGCGAAGCAUUUCCCGCAGCUACAACUACAACACCAGGGUUAUGGAGACUGCGGAUGGCUGUGAGUGGAGUGAAGGAUCCCUCAGUUUAACGGAUGGUGUUCCAGUCAACAGCCGCGUCUCCUCCAAAAUUCAGCAGCUGCUCAACACUCUGAAGAGACCAAAGCGACCGCCUCUGCGAGAGUUCUUUUUGGAUGACUUUGAGGAGCUGUUGGAUGUCCAGCAGCCAGAUCCCAACCAGCCAAAACCAGAGGGCCAGCUGAUGAGUCCCCUUGAAGGAGAACCUCUUGGUGUGGUCACCAAUUGGCCUCCCUCGUUGCCAGCAGCCUUACAGCGGUGGGGUACGACGCAGCCCAAGAGUCCCUGCCUGACAGCACUUGACAAUGCUGGCAAGCCUGUCUACACACUCACCUAUGGUAAACUCUGGACCCGCUGUCAGAAACUGGCGUACACUCUUCUCAACAAGCUGAGCACCAGAAAUGAACCUUUGCUAAUGCCCGGAGACAGAGUUGCACUUGUUUUCCCUAACAACGAUCCAGUGAUGUUCAUGGUGGCCUUCUACGGCUGUCUUCUGGCAGAGCUGGUACCUGUGCCCAUUGAGGUGCCACUGACCAGAAAGGAUGCUGGAAGUCAACAGAUUGGCUUUUUGUUGGGCAGCUGCGGCGUCACAUUGGCACUGACCACUGAUGCUUGUCAGAAGGGCCUGCCCAAAGCACAAACUGGGGAGGUAGCCACUUUCAAAGGCUGGCCGCGGUUGCUGUGGUUUGUGACAGAUGGAAAACAUGUUGUGAAGCCUCCGAAAGAUUGGCAUCCUCCAAUGCGUGAAGCCAGUAAUGACAUCGCCUACAUAGAGUAUAAAACCAGCAAAGAAGGAAGCACCAUGGGGAUCACAGUGUCGCACUCAGCCAUGCUGGCUCACUGUCACGCCCUCACACAGGCCUGCGGCUACACUGAAGCUGAGACCAUAACCAAUGUCCUGGACUUCAAGAGGGAAGCAGGUUUAUGGCAUGGUGUUCUUACUAGCGUCAUGAACAGGAUGCAUGUGAUCAGCAUCCCUUACUCCCUGAUGAAAGUCAACCCACUCUCCUGGAUACAGAAGGUUCACACUUACAAAGCGCAGGUAGCAGUUGUGAAAUCGAGAGACAUGCACUGGUCUCUGCUUGCCCAGAGAGACCAGAGAGACAUCAGCCUGAGCUCAUUGCGCAUGCUGAUUGUAGCCGACGGCGCUAACCCAUGGUCGAUAUCCUCCUGCGAUGCUUUCCUCAAUGUGUUCCAGGCACGUGGGCUUCGACCUGAGGUGAUCUGUCCAUGUGCCAGUACCUCUGAAGCCAUGACUGUCGCCAUCCGCAGACCUCCAGAAAUGGGCGUUCCUCCUCCAGGGAAGGCUGUGCUGUCCAUGGGUGGGCUGAGCCACAGUGUAAUCCGUGUGGACACAGAGGAGAAACUCUCUGUCCUUACAGUGCAGGAUGUGGGACAGGUCAUGCCUGGAGCUCUUGUUUGUGUGGUGCGGGUGGAGGGGACACCAUAUCUCUGUCAGACAGAUGAGGUUGGAGAAAUCUGCAUAAGCUCAGGUACCACUGGUGUAGCUUACUAUGGCCUCCCAGGCAUGACCAAGAACAUUUUUGAGACCAUCCCAGUGACAUUGUCUGGGGUUCCCAUCAGUGACCGAUCCUUCACCAGGACCUCACUGCUGGGCUUCAUUGGACCAGACAGCCUUGUGUUUGUUGUGGGGAAGAUGGACGGGCUGAUGGUGGUCAGUGGGCGGAGACACAACGCUGAUGACGUUGUUGCCACAGCUCUGGCAGUGGAACCCAUGAAGUUUGUGUACAGGGGAAGAAUAGCGGUGUUUUCUGUGUCUGUGCUGCGUGACGAGAGGAUUGUUGUUGUGGCAGAGCAGAGGCCGGAUGCUUCUGAGGAAGACAGCUUCCAGUGGAUGAGCCGUGUCCUCCAGGCCAUAGACAGCAUCCACCAAGUUGGGGUGUACUGUCUGGCUUUGGUCCCUGCCAACACGCUUCCAAAAGCUCCUCUGGGUGGCAUCCAUAUAUCUGAGACCAAACAGCGUUUCCUGGAGGGUGCCUUGCACCCCUGCAACGUCCUUAUGUGCCCUCACACUUGUGUCACCAACCUGCCAAAGCCAAGACAAAAACAACCAGAAGUUGGUCCUGCUUCUAUGAUUGUGGGAAACCUGGUGGCAGGCAAGAGGAUAGCACAGGCAUGUGGGAGAGAUGUGGCACAACUAGAGGACAAUGACCAGGCACGUAAGUUCCUGUACAUACAGGAUGUGCUACAGUGGAGAGCUCAGGCGACUCCAGAUCAUCCUCUCUUCCUUGUUCUCAAUGCCAAGGGCACGGUGGCUAGCACAGCUUCCUGUCUGCAGCUGCACAAGCGAGCAGAGCGGGUGGCCGUAGCUUUGAUGGGACGCCUAAACACUGGAGACCAUGUUGCACUCGUCUACCCGCCAGGUAUUGACCUUAUUGCCACCUUCUAUGGCUGCCUGUACGCUGGCUGUGUGCCGGUCACAGUCAGACCCCCACACCCACAGAACCUGGCCACCACCCUGCCCACUGUUAAGAUGAUUGUUGAGGUCAGUAAGUCGGUGUGCAUCCUGACCACCCAAGCAAUAAUGAAGCUGCUGAAAUCCAAAGAGGCUGCUGCUGCUGUGGACGUCAAGAGCUGGCCCAUGGUGCUGGACACAGAUGACCUCCCCAGAAAGAAGAGUCCACAGAUGUACAAGCCCCCAACCCCAGAGAUGUUAGCUUACCUGGACUUCAGUGUGUCCACAACAGGCAUCCUAGCAGGAGUCAAAAUGUCUCACGCUGCCACCAGUGCCUUGUGUCGCUCCAUCAAGCUGCAGUGUGAGCUCUACCCUUCCCGGCAGAUUGCCAUCUGUCUUGACCCCUACUGCGGCCUCGGCUUUGCUUUGUGGUGCCUCUGCAGCGUGUACUCGGGGCAUCAGUCGAUCCUGGUUCCCCCUCUGGAGCUGGAGAGCAACGCAUCUCUCUGGCUCGCCGCAGUCAGUCAGUACAAAGUGCGAGUCACUUUCUGCUCCUAUUCAGUCAUGGAGAUGUGCACCAAGGGCCUGGGUUCACAAACAGAAGCGCUGCGGUUGCGAAAUGUGAACCUGUCCUGUGUGCGCACGUGCAUGGUGGUAGCAGAGGAGCGGCCCCGCAUAGCACUUACUCAGUCCUUCUCAAAGAUCUUCAAAGACUUGGGGCUUUCACCACGAGCCGUCAGCACCACCUUUGGGUGCAGGGUGAAUGUGGCGAUAUGUCUGCAGGGCACAGCCGGCCCUGACCCCACCACUGUUUAUGUGGACAUGAGAGCUCUUCGUCAUGACAGAGUUCGCCUGGUGGAGCGAGGGUCACCACACAGCUUACCAUUAAUGGAGUCUGGAAAGAUCCUACCAGGAGUUAAAGUGAUCAUCGCAAACACGGAGACCAAAGGACCCUUGGGAGACUCCCAUCUAGGAGAAGUCUGGGUGAGCAGUCCUCACAAUGCCACAGGCUACUACACGGUUUACGGCGAGGAGGCCCUGCACGCCGACCACUUCAGCACCAAACUCAGCUUCGGUGACACUCAGACUGUGUGGGCGAGGACGGGCUACCUGGGCUUCCUGCGGCGCACUGAGCUCACUGAUGCCAGCGGAGAGCGCCAUGAUGCCCUCUAUGUGGUCGGUUCUCUUGAUGAGACCCUGGAGCUGAGGGGGAUGAGGUAUCACCCGAUUGACAUCGAGACGUCCGUUAUCCGGUCUCAUAAGAGCAUAGCGGAGUGUGCGGUGUUCACGUGGACUAACCUCCUCGUGGUGGUGGUGGAGCUGGAAGGAUCUGAGCAGGAAGCUCUGGACCUGGUGGCCCUGGUCACCAACGUCGUCCUGGAGGAGCACUACCUCAUCGUGGGGGUGGUGGUGGUGGUCGACCCCGGCGUCAUUCCCAUAAACUCCAGAGGGGAGAAGCAACGCAUGCACCUCAGAGACGGAUUCCUCGCCGACCAGCUGGACCCCAUAUAUGUGGCUUACAACAUGUGAGGGUCCGGCUGCUGGAGAGCGACACCUACCUGUGACUCCUCACACGACAGAGACCGCAGGGGCGGAAACAAAUAUGGCGCUUGUAACGGUCGUCCGGGGGCCCCCCACAUCCGAAUGGUUUCUGUGGAGAGAGAGCACGCUGCCCUCCUGUGGCUGACUCACUGAGGAGAAUACAGUAUGAAAGAAACACGGAGACAAAGGAGAAAAAAAAAGUGACACUAUUUGUUUCUCUGGUUCUUUUUAUUUUUUCCUCCCUCUCUCAACAAAUAGUGUUUUAAAGGGCAUUCGGGUUUUUGUUGAAGUGAGUUUGGUUUGUGUUAAAUCCAGAACAUCUGACGGAAAUUAACCAAGUUGUUAAGAUUUAAAUUGUACGACGGAGUGUUAGGGUCAAACUGAAGAAUUUUCUUUUUUUAAUCUUUCGAGAAUAAAGACAUAAUAUUAUGAGAAUAAAGUCGUAAUCUUUCGAGAAUAAAGUCGUAAUAUUAUAAGAAUAAAUGUAUUAUUAUUAUUCAAGCAAAAUCUCAUAUGAUCAGCUGCAAACCUGCGUCCAGAUGAGGAACACAGAGCAUUUUGGUGAAGUGACAUUUUGAUUGGGGCUUCACAAAUAAAGAAGUACUUACUUUUUUUGGCACAUCAGCACCACUUUAUCUUUAGCAUCAGGACUUUGAAAAGAUUGUGAAAGAAACCGAGUCUGUUUGGAAGAAAGAAUCACACAGACUUGGAGAAAAUCAUCUCUUUUGUGGAGGAGGAAAUGUCCGGUAGUGGUCGACUGCAAGGAUAACGCUGGUUACACCUGUGUUCUGUUGCUGUUUAAUAAUAAUAUAUUAGAUAAUGAUAAAAAAGAAUCUCAUAAUAUUACGACUUAAUUCUCUGAAGAUUAUGACUUUAUUCUCGGAAAAAUUACGACUUCAUUCUCGGAAAAUUACUACUUUUUUAAUAUUACGCCUUUAUUCUAGUAAUAUUAUGACUUUUUUCUGGUAAUAUCACGACUUUAUUCCCGAAAGAUUAAACUGUUUAUUCUUCUGUUCAGUUUGGCCCUAAUACUCUGUCGUAAAAAUUGUACACUGUGCCAUUAACUUAUUUGACUUAAAUCAGUCUCAAAAGGAAACAACAACAACUGUUCAUUUUGUUUGCCAUACACUCGUGCCAUAGAACAGGACUAAUGUCAGUAACCAAACCUUGUUUCUAUCUAAGCUGUCAGAUGUUUCACCAGCACCACAGUCACGACAUGUGUCACUUGUGGCCACAUCCUAAUAUUAACAUCAUCUUAUGGCGUCAGUGCAGAAGCACAAAGCAGUGGUGUUGGGGCGCGGAAAAAAGGGGGCAAUAAUUAGUGUUCUUUGUUGCUCACUCCAGCAGCAGCAGUGCUUUAGUUUGUAGUAACAAAAAAGAAAAAUGCUUCAAAAUAACGCCGCGUUCAGACAAAAUCUUUCAUUCAUUUCCUUGUGUGCGAUACUGUUCUUGUUUUUCUUCUGACCAAAAUGCAAUAUGAGUGAUGUGAAAGUUGGCCGCAGACAGACGGUAAAGUACCAACCUUUCAAGGCCACGCUAAAUAAACAGAGGAAUAUAAUUGUUGCUUACAGUAAGCAGCGUUGCCAGAUGAUAAGAACCAAGCCUUAAAUGUCUUUUCAGAUGCCUCUCCGUGUCUCAGCUCCUGCUUAACUCAGUUUUGUGAAGUCUAUCAGCGGCUGGACAGGGGGAGGAAUAUGCAGAAGGAGGUUCGUGUGCUAAAUGUAACGCUCUUGUUUCAUCGACGAAUACACUUGAUCCUGACAUCAGCCGUUAGAGACACACACACUUGCUCCGUUAAAUCUUUUUAAUAACGUCUUGUCCCUCUCGUCGGUGGAGUUCAAUGUUUUUAUAGCGAAAGGCGUUGCAGUAGUGAUAAGGUUUGAUGCAGAAUGACACUCACGAGCCUCGUGUUGUGACAUCCCCGUCUCAUUGUUAUGUUGUAAACAUUCACUCCGCUGUGUUUUGAUUCUUCCUUUUUUUUCUUUUUUCUACAUCUCUUCAGUUACAGGCUCCGGCCUGCUGUAAGUAUGUACAGGUAUUUUUGUGUAAAUUAUUAAUAGGUGGAGAAGAUGACAGAAAAGUAUAAUGCAAAGACUGAAUCUGGCGCUUACGUCGUCUUCUCCCGUGAGCCAACAAAGAGUUAUGUGUGGACAAUGAGAGAGAGACGGAGAGAGAGAGAGAGAGAGAGACGGGUGAUAUUUUUUAAAGUGUGGGACGGCGGCGGUGAGACAAAGCACACGUGGAGCUCGAGAAGACGGAUUAUGUUCUGAAGCAAACUUAAGUUGUUAACAUUUGUCCGAUAUACAGUAUGGUUAGUUGUCAUUAUUUUUCACAACAUGAUUUCUUAAUGAAUAAAACAAAAACCAACCUUUUAACUUGAAA